CUUCUCAUCAUUGCGACUUCGCCCUGAUUUCACUCUUUUUUUCCCUCCUCUGCUUCUCUCCUCUUCGGCUGUCAGCGCAGUCUAUUCCUGUGACCGGCACCGCCUUCUCAACAAGCAAAAAAAAAAAAAAACCAAUUGUCCAAUUGAAAAUCGGCUUGCCGUACCUACUCGUGCGACGUCUGCAAUGCCGGGAACCUUUGGCUCGGACUACUAACCCGGUCUUCCAACGCGCCGUCGCCUCUCGCAGCUCGCUCCCCCAUUUCCUCUUUCGCCCUCCUAUUUCCUUCUUUUCUUCUCCACCCAACACAACAAUUGCAGCCACAUGCGCACCGACUUGCCGACUUGCAAACCCUUUCGUCCUCCUUUUCCGACUUUCACUGAGCCUUCGGAUUAGCUUAGCGCUCUGAGCGACACGAACCGCGAGACCGUCCCGCACCCCUCGUCUUGCGCGCGCACCCGGCCUGCCCAGGGUUCUCGUAACUGCUUGAUGGAGGAUGAAGCGUUGGCGACGGUGAAGAUGGAGGAGGCCAAGAUCGACGUCGGCAUCGCGCCGCACAGCGUCAAGAUGGAGCGGGACGCAAGCCGAACUUCGUCGCAUAACAAGAGCAACCAAGGAUCUCGCACUACCAGCAUGUCGCCGGCCGAGGACACACCCAACGGCGAGGACACUUCGACGCCAGGAGGCACACAGCGGCCCAAGCUAUCUCGCAAGACAUCGCAAAAACCCGUCAAACGCGAAUCGCCCCUCUUCCACGACCUGCCCGAUGUCACCGAGCAAUCAUGCAACACAUUCCAGGUAAUACCAGACUGCCUGUAUGGAUCCAAACACAUGGGCUCGACCGACAAUGAUGCUCUCGAUUGCGAUUGUCGUUCUGAGUGGCACGAUGGAAAAAAUUUGUCCUGUGGCGAGGACUCGGAUUGCAUCAACAGAGCGACCAAGAUGGAGUGCGUCGCGGGCGCUGGAAAUUGCGGCGACGGCUGCCAGAACCAGAGAUUCCAGCGCAAGGAGUACGCCAAUGUUUCAGUCAUCAAAACCGAGAAGAAGGGCUUCGGCCUACGCGCCGACGUCGACUUGCAAGCUAACGAUUUCAUCUUCGAGUACAUUGGCGAGGUCAUCAACGAACCGACUUUCCGACGGCGCAUGGUCCAAUACGAUGAUGAGGGCAUCAAGCACUUCUACUUCAUGUCGCUGACCAAGCACGAAUUUGUCGAUGCGACAAAGAAGGGCAACUUGGGACGCUUCUGCAACCACUCCUGCAAUCCGAAUUGCUACGUCGACAAAUGGGUCGUUGGGGAGAAGCUACGCAUGGGCAUUUUCUCCUCACGCAGAAUCAAGGCCGGCGAGGAGCUGGUCUUCAACUACAAUGUUGACCGCUAUGGAGCCGACCCCCAGCCCUGCUACUGUGGCGAACCGAACUGCACUGGAUUCAUUGGUGGCAAGACCCAGACCGAGCGGGCGACCAAAUUGCCUCUUACCACUGUAGAGGCGCUGGGCAUCGACGACGGCGACAGCUGGGACAUUGCUGUCGCCAAGAAGCCGCGCAAGAAGAAGCCAGAUGAGGACGAUGAGGAGUACGUUAACAGCGUGCAGGCUAAGAGCCUCGACGAUGACGGUGCUCGGAAGGUCAUGGCGACCCUGAUGCAGUGCAAGGAGAAGUGGAUUGCGGUCAAGCUGUUGGAGCGCAUUCAGCAGUGUCGGGAUGAGCGGGUGAUUCACUCGGUGAUGCGCAUGCACGCCUACCAGAUCCUCAAGACCACGCUCAACACCUUUAUCGACGACCACAACGUCGUUCUCCAGGUUCUCGACAUCCUGGAUAAAUUCCCUCGACUGACGCGAAACAAGAUCGAGGGCUCCAAGAUUGAGGCCACUAUUGAUGGACUCACCCACUCGGAGCACGAAGCGGUCAGCGCAAAGUCCAAGAGGCUGUUGGAUGAGUGGUCCAAACUGGAGCUUGGGUACCGCAUUGGUAAGCGGAAGUUUGACCCCAAUGCCUCUGCGACAAAUUCCUUUCAAGAGCGACGCAACAUGGACCGCGAAGAGGACCUCACUGCCAAGUCGACCCCUGAUCCCCUGCAGAAUAUAGAAAUACCCAAGGGUCCCCGAAGCAACAUUCCGCAGCGGAAUACACCCUUUUUCAACGCCCCCCCCCGCCAACGAAGACACCAGAACUUUAACAACAACAAUACCAGCAACGGCGCUCUACCAGCCGGAUGGUUCACAGCGACAGAUCAGCGCGGCAACACCUACUUUUAUAGCAAGAAUGGGGCUACGACCUGGCAACGUCCCACGAAACCCGCAGAUGCGCACAAGUCGACGCCCAAGGCACUGCAAGAGCAGCAGUUGCUCAAGAACAUCAUUGACCAGGUCACCAAGGAACAGACCCCGAAACCCUCGGCCUCGCAGACGCCUCAACGAGCAGAAACGCCCGUGCAGGAGACCAAGCAAGAAAAGUGGCGAUUCCUUAGUAUCGACAAGCAGAUGAAGAUCUAUGAGAACACCCUUUUCCCCCACGUCAAGUACGUGAUCGACAAGUACAGACACAAGCUUCCCAAGGACGAUCUCAAGCGAUUGGGCAAGGACGUCUGUAAGAAGCUCGUUUCGUCAGACUACAAAGGCAAACGCGUCCAGGAUCCGACAACGCCACUCGAUCAGAAGCAAGCCAGGAAAGUCAAGACCUACGUAAAAGACUUCCUGGACAAGGCCAUCGUGAAGUUCAAGCAGUUUGAACAGGAGAAGGAGAAGGCGAGUCCUGCGGGUGGAGCAGACAAGCCGACAGAUGGCGCCACAACUAGCAACGGUCCUAGCGUGGAUACUGCCGAUGUCGCCACGCCUGCCGAUGUCGCGGACGAAGUGAUGCUGUCAGACAUGGAGGACGCAGGCUUGAUGGGAAGUCCUGACCGCAAGCGUAAGCGUGGGGGAGAGGAGGCAGCAGAGUCCCUGAACCUGACUCCUUCUGAUGAACCCUCUUUGAAACGCUUGCGAGAGGAUGAUGUGGAAGAUGGUCCAACGCCGCCACCCCCUCCACCACCGCCUCCUGCUGACCUGGAAUCUACUGCUACACCUGAGGAGCCAAUGACAGAAGAGCAAAAGGCUCUCAGGGAGCAGGAGGAAGCUUUGAUGAGAGAGAACGAGGAGUCCGAGCGGCUUGAGGAGGAGGCUGAACUCACCAAAACUAAGGAUGUUGAAGGCGCGCCCCAGGGAAAGAAUGACGCAACCCUCAACGGCCAUUCCCAGUUUAACCAGAGGACGGUUACGACUGGCGGUGGAGAUGUUGCUGAUGAGUUGACAUGUUCCAAUACAAGCAACAAGACGACUCAGCAGCAAGAGGUCCUUGGACACUAGCUGUGAGCCAGGCCAAAGGGAGCAGUACCACUCGGCACCGAUGGUAUAGAGAGGGAGAGAGAGAGAGAUGGGAAGAGUGCUGUGGUCGUGAACAAGCGAUCUUCAGCAUUGUACGUAUAAGCAGGCAUAUUGCAUUUUCCGGAAGGGGAACCAGCAGACCCCCGAGCACCUGGUUGUUUGGUUUUUUGUCAGAUUACGUUGUGGAUAUUUGGGUCAUGACCCAUUGAGGUUGUGCCUCUUCUGCAAUGCUCAUUUCUUUUCUGAUCUGCAGGAGGCGGCAUAGCUCAGGCUUGGGGGCACUGAGACGAUGUGGGAUGGACAACAAGGACUGGUGGCAUUUCAAGCAUGGGUCUCUACAUUUCAUGCCUGAAUAGGGCAAGGGGGAGGCAAAAGCAUUCUGACAAAGGCAUGUCAUUUUCCCAGUUUGAGUGGCUCUCAUUGAGGAGAGGAGCUAGCAUGUUAGGUAGUAAAAGGGCACACCCCCCCUGCCACUGUGUGUGGUUAAAUGGCAUAAUGAAAUGAGGAAACUGAACAAGGUCGUUUUGUGCAGAAGACCUGGGCCCAAAGUUGCUGUGAAGCGGCCGUUUUGUUGCUAUUUUGCCCCUAACCCAUUCUUUUUUGAAGACCGACCAAUCCUUGAUGAACGCCAUGCUACCAAUGCCAGAUGAAACUAUUGUGUAGAAAGGAGCAGAUCUGAAGACCAGAUGUCUUUCUUUGUACAAGCUACUGCUCCUAUGACAGAGCGUGCGUGACCUCUGCUGACCAUUCUGAUCAAGAAUGCCUCUCUCACCUCCGAGGCCUCCACCAGACAUCGCCAACACC